AUGUUGGGCCGAGACAAGCUGGUCGUCCGCAUCGUCGCUGCGAAGUCUGCUGAUGUGGUGAGCGAGCCGGUUCGGGCCUGUCUGCCCCACGAGGCCCUGAUACGGAUAGCUGCAGUGGGCGUUUGUGCCACAGACGUGGAGCUCUACGAUGGCACCAUGGGCUACUUUGCCUCUGGCCUGGCUCGUGUGCCCCUGGUGCCAGGUCACGAGUGGGCAGGGGAGAUCGUGGCGCUGGGUGAGAAUGCCCCGGCGCAUCUGGCAGUCGGGCAGCGUGUGAUCGGGGAGCACUGCACAGGCUGCCCCCUUCUGUCUCCUGCCGGGCGUGCGCCGUGCGGAAUCUGCAGCGGGCCGGGAGGUUUUCUUCGCUGCCCGAAGCGCAGGGAGACGGGCUUCUUCGGCCGGGAUGGCGCCUUCCAAACGGAAAUGCACUUCCCGGCCGACCAGCUGCACGUGCUGCCAUCGGCCGUCCCCUGGCCCCUGGCCGUGCUCGCUGAGCCUCUCUGCACCGUGCACAAGGCUGUGCGCUUGGCGGGACUGCCGCCCGAUGCAGCCGGCCGGCGCGCUGUGGUGGUCGGCGACGGGGCGGUAGGUCUUCUGCUCCUGCAGGUACUCCGCGCGCGCGGGGUCGCUGUGGCCCUGAUCGGUGGCACGGCGUCGCGGCGGCGCCGGGCCGCGGAUCUGGGCGCCGAGCUGGUCCUGGAUGCCGCGGAGGGCCCGGCACAGCUGGCGAAGUCCAUCGCAAGCCAGGAUGCCUGGGCUGAGCUUCCCUCCCUGGCAUUCGAGGCUGCGGGCCACCCUGCAGCCGUGGUCUCUGCGCUGCAGCUGGUGGCCCCCGGCGGGCAGCUGGUGUUGCUGGGGCUCUCGGGAAACCAGCUCGCGCAGGUCUGCACCGAUGACGUGGUGCUGCGGCAGCUGACGAUAAAGGGCUCGCUGUCUUCCGACCCAGAGGACUGGCCGGCAGUUCGCGAACUGAUGUCCUGUGGCAAGCUGUCAAGCGUCGUGACGCAUACGCUGCACGGCCUGGACACGUACACCGAGGCGAUCGAGCUCGUGCGGCGUCCACCCGAAGGGAUGAUCAAAGUCAUCGUCGAGCCUGGGGGUGACAGUGCAAAGCGGCCCUGCCGAUGA